AAUAUAUUUAGAUCAUAGUUUUACAGUCAAAAUAUAAGCCUAUAGACAAGACUUUAGCAAGUCGUUUCAAACCGUUUAGUUUUACGAGUAAACCGAGUUUCAAUCAUUUCAGUCGUCGAUAGUAUAUUUCAGACUUUAAAUUUAUAAAAAUGAAACUUUUUUGUGUUUUGAUAUCAAUUUUUUUUAUAAAUGUUUCGGCAGAUGAUUUGAUGGACUUUAUGGAGCAGGUUGUCAUUACGAACAAACACAUCCGAGAAGCUUACAACUUUAAUGGAUUAAAAGGAUAUGGACUGGAGUAUGUAAUUAAAACAAUUGUUUUUGAAGAUGACUAUUGGAUAGACCAAUUGAAUUGUAUGAUCGCUGUACCGGAAAUAGUUGACCUUGGAAACAUACAGGAAUAUACAAACUACCAGCUGUCCAUGCAAAGAGAAAUAAAAAAUCGAUUACAAAUUCCUGUUCCUCAAGUUCCAGACCAAGGUAAUUUUAGAACCAUAAAUUUGACUGGUCUUGGAAAAGCGAGAAGAACUCUUACCAGUGAUGCUUUAAGAAAUAUAAUUAGACUUAUAUUCGCUGAAAACCAACAAAAUGUCACUUCAAGGCUUAUUUGUCGGUUUAUAGGAUUGUUUACAAGUAUAAAAUACGAGAAAUUAUUUACGUCAACUGAUGAAGUUCUCCCCGAUGGCCUCUGUAUCAUAUCGGAUGGAGCCAAUCAUGUUUUAAAAUACAGAUCCUUUGAUGGCAUUUAUUGGCAAGUAGAGGUCAAUGAUGUUGAUUAUAAAGUAUGCCUACUUUGGACACAGCUAUAAGUCCCGGACUGAAAUAUGUAUAUAGGUCGUCUAAAAUUAUAAUGGUAUUAUUGAUUUUAUAUUUGAAUAAUUUUUUGCCCUAAUAAACUAAUUGGCAACUAAUUCAAUGUACUUUACAAUAAACACUUUGCUUACGAUUAAAA